CCAGCCGGGGGGUGGCCGCAUGCGCAGUGCGCUGCCGUUACCUGUCAGCGGCGGCGAGCGGCGGAGCGGUGGCGGGAUGGAGGGGCUCAUCCCGCUCGUCAACCGGCUGCAGGACGCCUUCGCGGCGCUGGGGCAGAGCUGCCUGCUCGACCUGCCGCAGAUCGCGGUGGUGGGCGGGCAGAGCGCCGGCAAGAGCUCCGUGCUGGAGAACUGCGUCUCCAGGGAUUUUCUUCCACGAGGUUCUGGAAUUGUAACAAGACGACCAUUGGUCCUGCAACUCAUCACUGCCAAAACAGAGUAUGCUGAAUUUCUACACUGCAAAGGGAGGAAAUUUACUGAUUUUGAUGAAGUUCGUCAGGAAAUUGAAGUAGAAACAGAUAGAGUAACAGGAGUGAACAAAGGCAUUUCUUCAGUUCCUAUUAAUUUAAGAAUAUAUUCUCCACAUGUGUUAAGCCUAACCCUUAUUGAUUUGCCGGGAAUCACUAAAGUGCCAGUAGGGGAUCAGCCUCCAGAUAUUGAACAACAGAUCAGAGACAUGAUAAUGCAGUUCAUCUCUCGAGAAAACUGUCUGAUACUGGCCGUGACUCCAGCUAACACUGAUCUGGCUAAUUCUGAUGCCCUGAAGUUAGCUAAGGAAGUGGACCCUCAAGGCCUUAGGACCAUUGGUGUGAUCACAAAAUUGGAUCUGAUGGAUGAAGGAACAGAUGCAAGAGAAAUUCUAGAAAACAAACUACUCCCUCUUCGUAGAGGUUAUAUUGGUGUUGUAAACAGAAGCCAGAAAGACAUUGAUGGAAAGAAGGAUAUAAAGGCAGCUCUUCUAGCAGAAAGGAAAUUCUUUCUUUCCCACCCAGCUUAUAGGCACAUGGCAGAUCGGAUGGGAACACCAUAUCUCCAGAAAGUUCUAAACCAGCAACUUACCAAUCAUAUUCGGGAUACCCUGCCAGCCUUCAGAAGCAAACUCCAGAGCCAGCUGCUUUCUAUAGAACAUGAAGUAGAGGUAUACAAAAACUUCAGACCAGAAGAUCCAACCAGAAAAACAAAAGCCCUGUUGCAGAUGGUACAACAGUUUUCAGUGGACUUUGAAAAAAGAAUCGAAGGAUCAGGAGAUCAGGUUGAUACACUAGAACUUUCAGGAGGUGCCAAAAUCAAUCGUAUUUUCCAUGAACGUUUUCCUUUUGAACUAGUGAAGAUGGAAUUCAAUGAGAAGGAACUGCGGAGAGAAAUAAGUUAUGCCAUCAAGAACAUACAUGGUAUCAGAACAGGUUUGUUUACUCCAGAUAUGGCAUUUGAAGCCAUUGUUAAAAAACAAAUAGUCAAGCUGAAAGGACCUUGCUUAAAAAGUGUGGACCUGGUGAUGCAAGAAUUAAUCAAUACUGUCAAGAAGUGCACUAAAAAGUUAGCAACAUAUCCAAGGUUGUGUGAGGAAACAGAAAGAAUUGUUGCUGGCUACAUUCGUGAAAGAGAAGAGAAGACCAAGGAUCAGGUGCUGCUGCUGAUUGAUAUCCAGGUUUCUUACAUCAACACCAACCAUGAAGACUUCAUUGGCUUUGCAAAUGCCCAACAAAGAAGCAGUCAGGUUAACAAAAGUGCAGUGGGAAAUCAGGUCAUCCGGAAAGGCUGGCUGACCAUCAACAAUAUUGGCAUCAUGAAAGGAGGAUCAAAGGAAUACUGGUUCGUUCUAACUGCAGAAAGCUUGUCCUGGUAUAAAGAUGAUGAGGAAAAAGAGAAGAAGUAUAUGCUUCCUUUGGACAACUUGAAAGUGCGAGAUGUUGAGAAGAGCUUCAUGUCUAGCAAACAUAUCUUUGCAUUGUUUAACACGGAGCAGAGGAAUGUUUACAAGGAUUACCGUUUCCUUGAGCUAGCCUGUGAUUCCCAAGAGGAGGUGGAUAGCUGGAAGGCAUCUCUGCUACGAGCUGGUGUCUAUCCUGAUAAAUCCUCAACUGAAAACGAUGAGAAUGGCCAAGCAGACAACUUUUCAAUGGACCCCCAGCUGGAAAGACAGGUGGAGACAAUUCGAAAUCUUGUGGACUCCUACAUGUCUAUUAUCAACAAGUGUAUCCGAGAUUUGAUACCAAAAACAAUCAUGCAUCUGAUGAUCAAUAAUGUAAAAGAAUUUAUCAACGCAGAGCUCCUGGCUCACUUGUACUCUUCCGAGGACCAAAAUACUCUGAUGGAGGAGUCAGCUGAACAGGCACAGAGGCGAGAUGAAAUGCUCCGCAUGUACCAAGCCCUAAAGGAAGCCCUAGCGAUCAUCGGCGACAUUAGCACCAGCACCGUCUCAACCCCCGCACCCCCGCCUGUAGAUGACUCUUGGCUUCAGCAUGCCCGCAGGUCACCCCCUCCGAGUCCCUCAGCGCAGAGGAGACCUACAUUAAACAACCCCCCGACCAGACCUUUAUCUGGCCGAGGACCCGCUCCUGCAAUCCCAUCUCCAGGCCCUCAGUCGGGGGCUCCCCCGGUCCCGUUCCGCCCAGGACCACUGCCGCCCUUUCCCAGUGGUGGUGAAGCCCUUGGGGGACCCCCCCAGGUUCCCUCCCGGCCGACCCGGGCUCCUCCCAGUGUCCCAAGUCGAAGACCACCCCCUUCACCUACUCGGCCCACUGUAAUUCGUCCGUUAGAUUCAUCCAUGUUAGACUAAAAGAAGCUUCUGGCAUGUCGUUCAUUGUUAACCAAAUACGUGGAAAAAAAUUGCUUGAUAACUGUUGCAAUAACCAAUGUAUAGUCGCAUGUAUGGACAUCUAUAGGCAAGUAACAAUUUUACUGAUAUACUCUCUGUCCAUUCUGCAUUGUUUAUGAGGUCUUAAAUGUUUGGGGAAGGUGUGUGCUGCCUUGACUUUUCCUUUUGCAGUAGCUGAUGUUAGCUAACUUACUGACACGUCUUCACCCAGGCAGCUGUGCUGACAGCCCUGUGCAGCGGAUGGAACGCUUGCCUUGCUGUGCAGUUGUGCACGUGUUGCUUUGGUCUGCCUCUUUUCCCCCUCUUAUCUGAAAGGAAUCUCGCUUUUAUUUGUACCUUCCAGGUUUUCUAUUAUUUGGAAUUACACACUUAUGCCCAUUUUCUCUUUUAAUGGCUCAACUGGGCAAAGAAAAGCAAUGUGGUUUCUUACCAAGCUCUUCUGAAAGCCCCACGCUUCCAUGUCUCUCUUGCAAGAAGCUUGCUGGAUGGCUGCUUCUCCCAUAAUUUCUUCUUAUCCGAAGUCUAGUUUUGAAGGAAUGCUGUUAAACAAAAAGGGUGUGUAUGGGACAAUGCAUGUUCUGCUUUAUUUCCACGUCGGCAGCUGACACGCGAAUUUGCCUGGGUGGCGGGUGAGGACCAGGCUGCGGUGCCCCUGCUUGCAGGGCUCAGUGUGGAGCCGUCUCACCCUGCCGCGAGGAUGUCGAAGGGCAGAGGUUUGAAGAGCCGCUGCACGGCAGAGCAGCGUGUGCCAGCUCGCCUUGUCCUCUGCUAGUGCUUGCUCCCGUUCGUGCUCCCACUCGUGGGAAGCCUUGGGGAUUCUGUGAGUGCUUGUAAGACGUAUAAAUGUACCGUGUGGCAGGAUCCAGAGAAGUGGGUGUUGCUUUUGGCCAUUUUGUGAAACAGGAGGUAUAGCUAUAGGUACAGAUAUAGGUAUAUGCAGAGUUGUAAAUGGGCUACCGCUCUGCUGCCCACUGUGUGAGCCAAUUCAUGGAGCUGUGGCCGAGGUUUGCAUCUGAGCUCUCCAAGGGAAGGGUCUGGUUUGGAUGCGAGGUGUGUGCUCACGCCGGUUGAUAAAGUUCUGCUGGGCCCCUUUUAUAUAAAGAUUCUCUCUUUCCAUCACUUGGGAGUCCUGCAUACCUCAGAUCAGAGUCGCUUUAUGCAGCUGGCACUGAGAAGCGCUCAGCUGCGCAUCCUGGCAGUGGGUUAUUUUAGCAGAUGCUCACUUGCAGAGGUCCUCUCUGCCACUUGUUUUGCACAUUAUAUAUUAAUGCGUUAUAAAAACCUUCUGUCUUAACUGCAUUGCUUCACUUUAAACGCUUAGGAUCAGUGUCACCCCUAUAGCUUAAAACUCACUGAGUUGACAGAAUUAAACUAGAGAUGAAUUUGGCCCUGUUUCUUCAGAAAAUAUGAACUGCUGUUAGUAUGAUUACGGUUAUAGAUCCCUAGACAAAGCAAUGGGUGGUUUCAAAGACCCUCAGCAUAAUCAGUCUAAUAAAUUUAUUGAUUAAGACUGCAUGUGAGGCUCUAGUAUGCUGUAACCCCAUGGUUAGGAAGAAUCCAAUCAAAGAGCCACAACAAAUGGGGAUUUAGCCUACUAAGUAUUCCCAGGCUGCUGAUUAGUUGUGCUCACCACUGAAGCAAAUCGUGUUUCAGCUUGCAUAAGAGAGACGAGCUUGGGAAAGCAUCAUGAUUUGUACAUUAGCUUAACUUUAAUUUCCUGUCAACCUUAUACUUGUGAUACACGCCUGGGGAGCCUAGAGGUCAACAUCUGAGGCACAGUGGAGAUGGAGUUUGUCAGAGCACCGGCAUCGUGGUGAUCUCAGAAGACUGCUUAAGUGUUGGGAGAACAGGCCCAGAUCUCCAACACCAAAUGCACAGAAUCAGCUUGCAAGGAGAAAAAAGUAAAAAAAAAAAGGUUGCAAACCCAACCACAGUCAUACUGAUUUUUACUACCAAAAAAACAAAAGAAAAAGACAUAUUUUGAUGGUUUUUCUUGUGUUCUACACAGUCUUCUGCUGUGUUGCACUCUGCUGUAACAUGCAAUGCAUCUAUUAGAUGCAUUUUUGUAAAUGGCUAUGGUAGUCCCUGCUGUUGCCUAGCUGGCAAAGCUGUACAGAGUUUAUCAGAACCCUGCUGCUGACAGGCAGCUGCCUGCUGACGGAAAGCCGGGCUUAGUGCCUUAGCCACAGACGGUCACUUCAACCCCAGAUUUUGAUGCUCAUUCAGUGACGUUGCAAGGCCGUGGUCUGCGUUUAUCCCACCGUACCCCAAGCACUUGCCUUUGUCAUCCGAGGACCCCUUUGUCCAGCAGAAAGAGGCAGCACCUCCAGAAGGUGAUUCAGAGCUGUGUGGCUGCGUGAGGGACGAGGGCGGUAAUGCCAGUAAGUCAGGAGCCUCAAUUAGAUGACAUAGGUCCUGGCAUAAAACCAUGUUUUUAAAUCCUCUGUACUUGAGACUCCUUAAUUUCCUUUAAUGAUUGUUUCUGUCGAGCAUAAGGAGGUAGGUAGCAUGAUUCAGCGCUGUCCUUAACUCUGUCCCCCAAGAAAUGGUGUUUGUCAGCAGUAAUCCUGGAUUGUAAAUGAAGGUCUCAGGGGUGGAUUUACCCAAAAGAGGAGGCGGCAGCGAGGCGCCUGCGGCCCCAUUGUCAGCACUGUCUGGAUCUGCGCUCGAUGGGGAGGUGGUGGGACACAGCUGCACCACCCUCCCUCCCCUGCAUCCCCCCGCACAUCGCAUCUGGACCUGGCCCUGUACCCUAAACACAGCGCUUCUAGAUGUGCAGGUUAAUAAUUAACCUUAAGCACAGAUCCAGGGUUUGAUGAUUUUACCCCUGACUUCUUGCAUAUAUGCUUUUCAAAACAAACUAAAUCAAAUUGUUGUUUCUAGGAAAAAUGCUAAGUGCUUCCCAAGAAACUGCCCGCCCCCCCCCCCUUGAGCGAGCAGUGUUCUCCCAAGCUCGGCUCCUUUCCUCCUGCCCUGCAAUGCCUGGAGCAGGUUGGUCCGUCCCGCUCGCUCCUGGUGCUGCCGAGUCGUGGCUCUCCCGUCCCUUGUUCUCGGAGGAGCUGCCUUGGCCACAACUCGCUCCAUGCCUGAAGGACAGCAGGACGAGCACCCCACGCAUCUGCUGGAGGGACUGGCCGCUGCCCCCUCUGCAGACACCCUCACGGAGGCUGAGCCCAGCCUGACCUCCCGGAUCGGAGAGCACAGCUUGUUCUCCUUUCCUUUCAUCCACUCCCUCUGGCAAAGCCCAGAAGAUUGCUGGGAAGCAGUGGAGACUCCCACUAAGCAACAGCAGGGUUUCUGAUCUUACGUGAGGUGCAUAAUGAGCUGGGUGAUGUACGUAGCUAAGUUUCAGGAGGGUGCUCAUCUAGUAUUGCAUUUAGGCUAAGGCUGAGCCUCCGCCUGGAGAACAUGUUCCACCUCACCUCGUGGUGGCUGGCGAACAGCUGAGGAGCCUGCACAUGCCGUAAAUAGCUCUCGGCCUUUAAUCUCAAGGGAUCUGGUGUCAGGAUUGAAAAGAUUGUAUGUUCAAUGAAAAGGCUCGUGUACAUAGUUAAUGUGUGUUUAUUUUAUUGCUGAUCUUGUUGCACUUUCUGAAUAAGCCUCAUAAAAGUAGAUUAUUUAUUAUGUUAAAGGAGAUACAUUAUAAGUUAUGGCAUCUCGUGUUAUAACAUAGAAAAUACUAUACUCUCUCUCGCAGACAGCUACACUAAACAACAUGUAUACUGCAUACUGAGAUUACUGGCUAGUUCUGUCUUUCUGUCUUAAAAUAGUCCAAACCUCCUGAACUGGAAGCAGCGCUCUUGCCCUGGCGUGCCGGGGUGGCACCCAGCCUCCUGGUGCGCUGGUGGCACCGUCCCCCUCGCCGUGGCAGAGCUGCCUUCCCGGGCUCUAGCAGAGCAGCUCCCUGUGUAAAUGAAUGUCACUCUGCCUGUCUCUCCUCUUGCUUUGUCUGCAGGCGAGCUGAUACCGAUGGCUCCUCCCGUCCAGACAGUCCUCCACUCUUGCUUGAUCUAUGAUUUGUCCCGUCUUGCCGACUGUUUGCUUUACUGCCUGUCUCUUUACUUUUCCAGGAUGGCGUAAAUGAUGACUUCUUCUUGUAAGAAGCAAAUGCUUAAUUUCUUUCUGAAUUUUGCUCUGUAUGUUUAAUGCUCUACUUCAUGUGAGCCAGAACAUCUGCCUUUGGUUUCAUAUCUGUAAAUGGUUCCUGGUGUUGACCUUUGAGCACAGCAAGUCAAUUCCUGAAACCAUGGUUGUUACUGAGCAUCACAUUACACCUGCUGUAAAAAUGUUAUGCUGCAUUUCUGAACCUGAAAUAAACUGUAACUCUUGACGGGCUUUUUAUUAUUA